CCCGCCACAGCCUCCUCUGACCCACAGACUCAGCGCCCACCCUGCCCCGAGCAGGAGACGAGACCCAAACCCAAAAGAGAGCUCGUUGGUUCUUUUUUCCCUGGAGAGGGAAAUACAUUCUCCCUUCCUAAUCUUUUUAUCCCCCCUCCCCCCAAUUCUUCCAGCUGCUUCGCACGGCCCAUCUGCUCUCUGCUAGAGGAUUUUUUGGGAGGCUGCCGGAGAUACCUUGCCCGGGACAGAAGAAAGGAUGAAGCUGCACGUGGUCCUUCUGCUGGGGCUGCAGAUGCACCUGGCGACCUCUCUCAACCCCAGCGACCCCAAUGUUUGCAGCUAUUGGGAAAGCUUCACCACGGCGACAAAGGAGUCCUACGCCCACCCCUACGCUCAGGCCUCCAAGGACUCGUGUGAUGGAACCUGGAGUUUCCUCAAGCCGUGCACCCAGCACAAGAUUGUGUACAAGACAGCGUACCGACAGGCGGUGAAAAUUGACUACCGGAAGAGGUACCGCUGUUGCCAGGGCUACUACGAGAGCGCAGAUAUUUGUGUCCCCAGCUGUACCAAGGAGUGCGUCCACGGGAGGUGCGUGGCUCCUGACCAGUGCCAGUGCGAACAGGGAUGGAGGGGCACAGACUGCUCCAGCAUGUGCGAUGGCCGGUCCUGGGGGCCCCGCUGCGAGAACCCCUGCCAGUGCGGCGAUGGGGGAGCUUGUGACCCCCUCACCGGAGCCUGUGUCUGCUCGCCCGGGUACAAGGACCCCAUGUGCAAAGUCCCCUGCGAUCCAGGCACCUACGGGGAGGGCUGCCAGCUGGAUUGCUCCUGCAAGAACGCGCUCGAGUGCCAUGGAGAGACUGGGGCAUGUCUGUGUCAGGCGGGAUUCACCGGUACCUACUGCGAGGCCCAAUGCCCCAACACCUCCGACGGGCUCCAUUGCCCGGCCUACUGCCCCUGCCAGAACGGGGGCAUCUGCCACCCCCCAAACACCACCCACUGUGUCUGUCCUCCAGGAUGGAUGGGCACCAUCUGCUCCAUCCCGUGCCCCCAAGGGAGGUACGGCUCGAGCUGCCUGGGGGAGUGCGAGUGUCACAACAACGGGCUGUGCGACCCGGUCACCGGGCGUUGCCAGUGCGCUCUGGGCUACACCGGAGAGCGGUGCCAGGAGGAGUGCCCCAUCGGCAAGUACGGCCAGGACUGCGGCCAGGCAUGUGACUGCACCAACGGGGGCCGCUGCUUCCACAUCAACGGGGCCUGCCUGUGCGAGGCCGGCUUCUACGGGCCGCGCUGCGAGGAGCGCAAGUGCCUGGACGGCCUCUACGGCUUGGCCUGCCACCUGCCCUGUCUCUGCAGCCCCCAGCACAGCCAAAGCUGCCACCCCAUGAGCGGAGAAUGCACCUGCAAACCGGGCUGGGCGGGCCUGCACUGCAACGAGACCUGCCCCCACGGAUACUACGGGGCCAACUGCCAGGAGCCCUGCCUCUGUCUGAACGGAGGGACGUGUGAUGGGGCCACGGGGCUCUGCCACUGCACCCCGGGGUACACGGGGGCGCAUUGUUCCAGCUACUGUCCCGCCGACACCUACGGCGUGAACUGCUCCAUGCAGUGCGCCUGCAAGAACGCCUUCACCUGCUCCCCCAUCGAUGGCACUUGCGUCUGCAAAGAAGGUUGGCACGGAGGGGAUUGUUCCAGCCCCUGCCCCGCUGGCACCUGGGGCCCCGGGUGCAACGAGACCUGCCGGUGCGCCAACGGCGCCGCCUGCAGCCCCGUCAGCGGGGCAUGCUCCUGUGCUGCCGGCUGGCACGGCAGCAGGUGCCAGGAGCCGUGCGCGAACGGUGCCUACGGGCCCGGCUGCAGUAGUCAGUGUGACUGCAGCCACGCGGACGGCUGCUCCCCCGUCACGGGACAGUGCCACUGCCGGCCGGGAUGGACAGGGCCUCGCUGCAGCCUGCUCUGUGACGACGGCUUCUGGGGGCGGAACUGCAGCCAGCCCUGCGCCUGCAAGAACGGAGCCGUCUGCUCCUCAGAGGACGGGAGCUGCAGCUGCGCGCCCGGGUACCGCGGCCCCGCCUGCCAGCGCCCCUGCCAGCCCGGGCGUUACGGCAAGAAGUGCACGAUGCCCUGCCGAUGCUCCAACCACUCCACCUGCCACCACGUGGACGGCUCCUGCGACUGCUUUCCCGGGUGGACGGGCAGCGACUGCUCACAGCGUGAGUCACGUCCACUGCGGGGGGGCGUCCCGACUCACAGGCAGCACGGGUCAACAGGGAAGAAGUUGCGGAGGGCCUGCCCGCCCGGCACGUGGGGAGAGGCCUGUGGCCGCACCUGCCAGUGCGCAAACGGAGGCCGGUGCAGCACCGUGGAUGGGACCUGCUCUUGUCCGGCCGGCCUGACCGGCAGACACUGCUCGGAAGGCUGCCCCCUGGGGAGCUACGGGGAGAGCUGUACCCAGGCAUGCGAGUGCCAGAACGAAGCUCAGUGCGACCCGGCGACGGGGAGAUGUCUGUGCUCCUCCGGGUAUACCGGCGCCCACUGUGAAACCAGGAGCCCCGAGCACCCCUUCACCAUGGUGCCAGCCGUGCCGACGGAGUACAGCUCCCUGGGGGCCAUCAUUGGCAUCAUCGUCCUGGUGAUCCUGCUCGUGGCGCUGCUGGUGUUUUUCCUGUGCUACCGGCACUGGCAGAAGGGCAAAGAGAACAGACACCUGGCCGUGGCCUACACCACGGGGCGGACGGACAGCUCGGAGUACGCGGUGCCAGACGUCCCACCCAGCCACACCCACUACUACUCCAAUCCGAGCUACCACACCCUGUCGCGGUGCGUGCCGACCUCCCCCGCCCCCAACAGCCAGGACAGGGCGAGCUCCCUCAAGGUGCCCUGCAACCAGCACUUCUCCAACAUAAAGAACGUGGCCUACGGGCCGGACUGUAAUGCCUCGCUGCCUGCCGACUGGAAGCACCACGGGGUGCCGGCGCUGAAGCCACGCGAGCGGGGGGGCGGCCCCAUGGACCGCAGCUACAGCUACAGUAACAGCCUGGGGAAGUACUACAGCAAUGACUACAUCAAGGAGGAGGCCCUGCGCGCCAGCAACAGCUCGCUGAACAGCGAGAACCCCUACGCCACCAUCAAGGACCUGCCCGAGCUCAUGGCCAAGCCCUCGGAGGGCAGCUACAUGGAGAUGAAAUCCCCCGCAAAGCGAGAAAUGUCCUACACCGAGAUCGGGCUCUUCGAGGAGCCAGCCGCCGGCUCCAGGGCAGAAGAGAGUUGCCCCCCGGGGGCAGAAGGUGUGUCUCCAGCAGCCCCCAGCUGCCCCCCCAACCAUUACGACUCCCCCAAAAACAGCCACAUCCCCAGUCACUACGACAUGCCACCUGUCCGGCACUACCCCCCAUCCCCGCCACUCCGGAGGCAGGACCGGUGAGGAGCCAUGGGGCGCUGUCUCUGUCCGUCCGUCCAUCCUCCCCUUCCUGGCUCUGUCGGCACUUCCCAGGGGAAGGUGGAGGACUGGCUCUGAAGCCCAGUGGGAGGAGAGCCGUGGCGGGACCGUGGAUGGCCAUUUACCGGCACCCCCCUGGAUUCACCCGGAGCCUCUUUGUCUUCGCUUGUACAAUGCAACAGCCGCUAAGGACUAUGGAAGGGGGGAGUUGGACCCCUUGCCCCAGCCGCUUGGGGUUGAAUACAGCUCAUCACCUUCCCCCAGGCGGGGGUUCAGAGUCUGAGACGUUCACCUCCGGAUCCUGAGCCUCCCGCAUGCAGCAGGGAUGUGGAUCGUGGCAGGGUGGUGUGGCCUCAGCUUGCCCCAUGUUCGCCCCCCCCAUCGGUGUUUGUCUUCAGGGUGGGGUCCCCAGUCAAGCCAUGGGCAGGUGUGUUCUGCCCCCAGGGCACGGCUUCGCACUGAGGGGAGGCCUGAUCCGGAGGAGAAGCCUGACGUGAACGGGACACCUCGGGGCUGGGGCGCAGAAUGGCAGGUGUUCCUGUGAGCCCCCCGAAAGGGACUGAUAACCCAGCAGGGCAGCUGCAGACGCUGGACCGCUGCGCCCUGCUGACACAGACUAAACGCCCCAAGACUGGCCCCGCUGCAGCCCCGGGAGAGGCAUGGCUGGGAAGUGAGACGCCACCGAAUUCGGCUCCCAAUCCGGAUUCCAGCCUGUGGAGGGGGACUGGAUCUGGGCUUUUCGCUCGGCCUUGAUUUGCAUCUAGACUCAGCUUCCGAACGCCUGCCUGAUUUCAUCCGGCCCCCAGCCCCUGGAGAUGGGCCGUAGAGGACGUUUGCGCUGUUAGGGGAAGUUGGUAGCUCUGAACCCAAACUUCCCCCCCCCCAUUCAACCCCCACCAGCGGUCCCACCACUGUGAAGCUGCUGAGGGUUCAGAGCCCCCCUUCCCAUCCCAGCAUACACCCCCCCACACACACCUUGUGCAAUAUACCGGCCUAAUGGGUGUGAGUGUGUCUCCCCCUAGAGGCCAGCCCCAGCAACUGUAACAGCCUGCUACUUAACUUACCUGCAGCAAUGGGAGCGCCUCCUUGGCUCAGGUGAGAGAGGCCAGGGCUAGCGUCUCUCUGCACAUGGUCUUAGAUUAUGACACCUCCAGGGGGAACAGACUAGCCCAGCAGGCUGAACUUGGCCUAAGGGACAUAGCUGGGUUUCCUUCCCUUUCUGCUCCGGGAGAGCUGGGAGCUGUAGAGGUCGAUACGGCUCCAAUGUGCAUGUAAAUAAAGAUGUUUGUGUUGUUUUUAA